AAUUACUAACGUUUACAAUACAAGUAAUAUACAUAUACUAGCUUUCCAUACAUUAUACUCAAAUUGGCAUUGCGUCCUAGUUACAGAUGAAGGCAUCCAACGGCGGUAUUAUGUGGCAGUGCGCCAGAUGUGGCAAACAGGAUAGGAAGAACCGGAUGGCUGCACACAUACUAAAAGACCACAUACCUCUACAUCAGGUGCCUUACCACUGCUUGCUGUGUCAGUUCAGAUGCCAGGACAGUAGCACAUUAAGAGACCAUGUGAGCCGGUAUUCACGGCAUGUCAACCAGGAGAAAAACAUGAGAAAGCCUAUAAAUUAUGCGCAGUACCUGAUCAAAGCAGAGCGACCCAUCCACGUCACAAGCCAUGACAUGUUUCAGGUGGCCGAUCGCUUGUCGAUAGAUCUCCUGAGGGAUGAUUCCGAUGGGGAAAACCAACCACCGAGUAUGUGGCCUUCCUGGAUGGAGCCUGAAUCACCGAGAAGCACGAGCGGACCAGUAGGCGCGAAGGGGGAUGGGGUGGGCAUACCAGACCUUGACCAGUUGAUACGGGUGUUGGAGUAUGGCGAGACAUCAAACGUCGGUGGGUCGUUUCCCGAGCUACGCCCAGCCAACAGGACGAAUAACACCACUUACGCGGAAAGACCGCCGACAGGAAACCCUGUUAAAACGACCCCGGGAAAUGUCAUUUUUGGGGGAUUGGAUGGCCCAUCACCGUCAGUCGAAAGAAUGGGAACACCCAAUAGGGCCCAUACAUACUCCCGAAUCCAGGGUUCUGCCAGGUCGACGGGCGGUAGUUGUGACCAGGUUAUUGAGGACACGGCGGUCCUCCCAAGUGCAGAGGACCAUCUCGAUCCGCUAUUUUGUGGGUUUGACGCUCUAUCGCCAAGGACACCAGCGAAGACGCCGCCUCCGAAGUCACUGAUGAUGCCGAAGGGCCUAGGGGGAAGAGACCAAGCGACACAGGCAGGGAGCAGCCGAAAAGAUGACACAUCAACACAAACAACCCUAGAAGACCGCCUGGCUAACGUAUUUGAGGCCGGCAUGAAGAGAAUAACGCAAGCAAUAGAUGAGGGGAUAAAAGCUGUGGUAGGGUCACAAAGAGCUGCAGAAGCGACCCUGCAGGAGGUGAAGCGCAUUGAGAGGAACGUUCGCUACCUAUACAGAUCAGUCGCUAAAAAUGAGGAGGAAGAAAACACCGAGGAGCCGAAAGUCAAAAGCGUGGUGAUGAAGCGCAAGUCUACCACAGAAGAUGACCGUAAACACAAGAAAACGCGAUAGAAAUGACAUUUAUAAGUGAAAUAACAGUUAAAGUGUUCAUCUAGUUGUAGUGUUAUUUAAGUUUUUUUUUAUCUCUAUUGUUAACGUCAAGUGCAAAAGUGUUAAAAUGUUUAUCAUAUGUAUAUCUCAUACUAUUGAUCUCAAUGUUAUUAAAGGCAGCAGGAGCUUAGCCUCUAUUUGGAGGGGGUAUUGAUAAACCCCGGCAGGCAUCGCCCCAUACUGUAUUUAUCUUUAUUAAUGUAAAAUAUAUGUAAUUCAUACUUACCUUUGUCUAUUCAUGGAAAGAUAUUUUGAAGUUUUCAAACCUUGGCAUUUUAGGCCAGUGCUUAGCGCCAUCCUGAUAUUACAGACGGGCUAGCCCUGUGUCCAUCAUGCCAAGAUCAUUAAUAGUCACUAAGUGUUGUUAGUAAUAUUAUCCUGGAUAAAGUCCAUUUUUUCAAGCAUUGUUCAUGCAAAAUAUUUAAUAAGUACCAAGUUAUUCAGUAAAUUAUUGAUGUACAGGUUUAACAUUAUUUGCAUAACAUGUACUGAUCUCAAACCUGUUGUUUUAUGGCACUAACACAGCAAAACGUAAUAACUCUUGUCGGGAAUUUCACAAAGUUCACAUAUUUUCUUUGUAAUUCAGCGUGUACACCGCCAUUUUACCUUUGAAUCUUGGGUAAUCCUGAGAUAGUUUUUGACCUUUCAAGAUUUCAAAACUUGACAAGUUAUUCUUACUUGAGCGUUUGAAUCAUGUCGUUCCACAAGGUGAUAAUGUCUCUUAGUUAAUAAUCCAUUAUUCACAUGAAAUGCACUGAUAAUUUAUUGUUGUAAUCCAGUGUGAUGCUUUAAAUCCUUUUUCGGAAACUUCACGGUCAUUUGACAGUUCGUCCGCCAUCUUGAAUAUUUUACAAUGGCUGUCAGCCAAUCGGGUCAUUUGACCCGAUUCUGGGUCAUUUUCGGUCGGGUCAAUUUGGGUCAGGUCAUUUUUGACCGAGAUUUUCGGGUCAUUUAACCAUAGGAGUAUAUAAGGCCGUGAAUUUUCAGUCUCAGACAGUCGAAUUUGGAUCAUUGAACAAGCUGCCUGCAUAUUAUUCUUAAAAGGUUAAAAUCAACCUGAAUAUUUAAAUAGACAAUAAAUAAGUAAAUAUAAACUACUUACAAGUAAUAAAAUAACAGGCAUUGAUUUUAUAUUGAGUUUGUAAACAACUUUAUACUGAUAAUAAUAUUUUACUGUCUUACUACGACGUGCUGUGCCAACGUUCAUAUAAGCCAACGCGUUUUGCUGUGUACGGUGCCGCUGAUUACUACCGUGUAUUAUAUCUGAUGUUUGAUGUCUUGAUGCAUAUAUUUAUUUGCUCCAAAAAUAAAACGUAAAACGUU